UUGUGUCAGUCUUCCAAGGGUUUCCGUUCCGCAAACUUGACUUCAUCCACGAGUCUGGACUUUCAUCUUUAUCGUUCGCCAGAGUUCGUCAAUCGUCUUUGUAUUCCAAAUCAAGACAUCGAGGAUGCAAGACGCCAAUUGUUGCCCUGUUAAAAUACCAUCCAUCUCGGACCGAUUACAACUUCUAUUUGAAAAUCCUUUACAUAUCCAAGAACUCAUCUUCAAAGAAAAAUGUCAACCUCUUCGGCAAGCGAUUGAUUUGAAGUACACACUUGAUCUACCUGUGCAAAACAACGUUAUCCAAAAUCAGUACAAAAUAGUGAGAAUAGAAAGAUUACUCUCCUCCUAUCGGUCUGGAGAACUUCAUCUUCGUGUGAUCGGCACCAGGAUAAGACCGAUGGUUUUCGCAGUGCCACUUGAUGAUACCAGAGAUUUCUCGUUUAUGAGUAGGGAUGCCUAUGCAACAUUAUUGCAAGAUUGGGAAAGUGCACCUCCAGUAGUGAUUGAAGUAUUUAAUUCGCCGUUCACGUUCGAUCAUGGAUCGAGGUACUGCAUACUGGUCUACGAUUUGAUUGUUCGUGGUUGGGAACUAGUUGGGUGCCUUUCACCACUUAUUUCAGAUAAAAUGGACACACGUCAUGUUCCUGAUCCGGCGAUUCGCCUGAUGGAGUAUUUUCGGAAAAACUUGCCUCAUUGUUCAAAGCAGAAUUUAACCAAUGUAACAAAGUUCACCACGAUGAGAAAACCACUGGAACAAAACGUCGGCAGAAGAAACUGUAGAACCUUACCAGUGGCCAACUGCCCGUCCGAUUCCCAGUCCUUUUAGAAUGUCAUCCAGCCCGAGAAAACAGAUGUUAAACAAGAUUUUAUCUUUGUUAUAUUGUUGUACUUGGAACUCUUUGUCAGAAAUGUAUGAAAUCAAAUACAGCAAUCACAUGGCACUUGUAAAGAAUGUCAAGUUUAACUUUGAAA